AUGUGUGACUUCAUGUUGAAUAUAGAGUUAUUUUCAUUAACUGAUUUAGUCUUAUGCUUUGACUAUAUAUAUCAGGAAAGAAUUGAUACCUUUUUCGAAGAAAAUAGAAGAAAUAAAGGGGGAACUCCUGCGGAAGAAGGAAUACCUUUGGCUGAGCUCUUUGAUGUGCAGAUAACAUGGCAGGAUGAGCAUGAUAUGCCUGAGUCUGGUCGUGUAAAUAAGAUCUUAGAGCGUUGCGAUUCUUUGAGUUUUGAUAAAAUUGGAUGGGAAAAUUUUGCUACAAGUUCACAAAGAGAUAGUGGCUCUGAUGUAUCUGAAGAACAGUCGGCUGGUAGCAAAAAUGAUCAAAAUGAUGCCUUUAGAGAUGAUGAAACUAUCAGCCUAUUUCAAAAUGAUUCUCCUCGUGAGACUGAUGCCAUAUCCAGUGCCUCAUCUGAACAUAAUUCAGAAGUUCAGUAUGUAAGCUCCAGGACACAAGAUGAGGAAUCUAAAGCAACUGUGAGCAGGAAUUCUUCAUCUGGAGAUGAUACAGAACUUCAUACAGGGGUUUCUAAUGCAUAUUUUGAUUUCAGAGGAGAUUCUUCACCUGCACACAAUGUAGCAAAUCAAUUGGCUGAGUCUAGGAUACAAACUGAUGAUUCGAAAGCUACUGUAAGCAGGGAUUCUUCAGUUGGAGAUAAUGCAGAAGUUGAUGUUGGGGAUCCUAAAAUAGAAAAUGAGGAUUCUGAUGCAUCCAUUGAUUUUGGAGGCGAUUCUUUAUCUGGAAACAGGACAGGACCUCAAGUUGUUAAAUCCAGGAGGACCAGGAAACAAGUAGAGGAUUCCAAAACUGUCUUAAACAGAAAAUCUUCCUCUGGAGAUGACUCGGAAAUUCCAUCUGUGAGUUUUAGGACGCGGAAUGAGGAUUCAGAUAUAUCCUCUGAUUUGAGAGGCGAUUCUUCACCCGGACAUGAUACAGACAUUCAAAUCGCUAAGUCUGGGAGACGAAAGCAUGAUUCUAAAACUGAUUUGAACCAGGAAUCUCCGUCUGAAUGUAAUGAAGAAGUUCAGUCUCCAAAUUUAUUCACACAGAUCGGGGAUUCUAAAAUUGCUAAUGUAUCCUCUGAUAUGAGAGGUGAUUCUUCAUCUGGAAGUGAUGCAGAAACUCGAUCUGUAGGUAACCGAAAACCAAAUGACCAUUCUAACACUACUGCCACCAUAUUGCCUCUUUUGAAAAAGGAUUCUUCGUCUGAAGAUGAAGCAAAAGUUAAGUCGUUGAAUGUUAUGACACAUAGUGAGGAUUCUAAAUCUACUGCAGCAAUAAUUCGUGAUUUGAGAAACGAUUCUUCCUCUGAAGAUGAAGCGAAAAUCAAGUCGUCGAAUGUAACGAACCAAAAUCAGGAUUCUAAACCCGACUCAAGAAGGGAUUCUUCGUCUGAAGAUGAAGCAAAAGUUAAGUCGUUGGAUGUAACGACUGAUAAUGAUUCUAAAUCUACUGCCUCCAUAAUCCCAAAUUUGAGAAGUGAUUCUUCCUCCGAAGAUGAAGCGAAAGUUAAAUCGUUGAAGGUAACGAAUGAUAAUGAGAAUUCUAUAUCUACUGCAGCCAUAUUCCCUGAUCCACAAAGGGAUUCUUCGUCUGAAGAUGAAGACAAAGUCAAGUCAUUGAAUGUAACGGCUCAUGAUGAGGAUUCAAAAUCUACUGCCCUCAUAUUCCCUGAUUCAAGAAGGGAUUCGUCGUUUGAAGAUGAAGCAAAAGUUAAGUUAUUGGAUGUAACGACUCAUAAUGUGGAUUCUAAAUCUACUGCCUUUAUAAUCCCUGAUUUGAGAAAUGAUUCUUCCUCUGAAGAUGAAGCAAAAAUUAAAUCAUUGAAUCUAACGACUCAUAAUGAGGAUUCUAAGUCUACUGCCUCCAUGUUACCUGAUUCACACAGGAAUUCUUCGUCUGAAGAUGAAGCCACAAUUCAUUCAGUAAAUGUUAUGACUCAGAACAAUGACUCUAAAAGUACUGCUGCCAUAUUCCCUAAUUUGAGAAGGGAUUCUUCGUCUGAAGAUGAAACAGAAGUUAAGUCGGUGAAUGUUAUGACUCAUAACGAGGAUUCUAAAAUUCCUGGUCUUUUCUCUGAUUCAAGAGGCGGUUCUUCCUCUGGAAGUGAUGCAGAAAAUCACUCUCUCAAUUCCAGAAAACAGAAAGAGGAUUCUUCGUCUGGAGAUGAAUCAAAACAGCAUCCCGUGAAUGUUAUGCCUCUUAAUAAGGAUUCUGAAACUCCAGCUGCUUUCUUCAAUUCGAGGGGCGAUUCAUCAUCUGAAAGUGAUGCAGGAAUACAAUCUCUAAAUUCCAAGAAACAGAAUAAGAAUCAUAUAACUACUACUGCCAUAUCCUCGGAUUUGAGACAGGACUCUCCAUCUGGAGAUGAAGACAGCAUCCAGUCACUGAAUUCUAUCACUCAGAACAAUGCUUCAUCUGACGACGAUACAAUGCUUCAAUCAAUAUAUUCAAGUACUCAAAGUAAGGAGUCUAAAACUAAUGCUGCAAUAUCAUCUGAUUUGAAAAGGGAUUCUUCAUCUGGAGAUGAUGCAGAAAUUCUUCAUACCACCUCACACGCUGAUUUGAGAAGAGAUUCUUUUUCUGGAGAUGACGCAAAAAUUCAGUUUGUGAAUACCGAGACUCAAAAUGAUGAAUCUGAAACUAAUACCGCACCCUCUGAUUUGAGGGAUGAUUCUCCAUCUUGGCGUGGUGAAGAAACUAAUAUGAAUUCUAGGAAAUCGAAUGAGAGUUCAAAGCCAGAUCUUAGUAGGGAUUCUUUGCCUGGAGAUGACAUACAAGUUCGGUUAGCGAAUUCUAUAGCUCAUAAUGUGAACUCUAAUAGUACUUCUUUAUCAUCUGAUUUAAGGGGUGACGGCGCACCAAGAAAUGAUGAAGAAAUCCGUUCUGCAAGUUACACGACCCUUAAUGAGGCAUCUAAAGCUACUGCUUCUGUGUCCUCAGAUAUUAGAGGGGAUUCUCCGUCUCCAGAUGACAAGGAAAUUCAGUAUCUGAAUGCCAAGACCAAUGACGAGGAUUCUAAAACGGAUGUGAGCAGGAAUUCUUCAUUUGGGGAUGAUACAGAAGUCCCGGUUGUGAAUUCUGUUACUCGUAAUGUGGAUUCUACAAGUGCUUCUGUAUCAUCAAAUUUGAGAGGCGAUAGUUCACCUAGACUUGACGAAGAAAUUCGUUACGUGGAUUCCACGACACAAAACAAGGUUUCCAAAUCUACUUCUGACGGUGACAUGGAAACUGAUUUGGUAAAUAUCAGUACUCAAAAUGAUGAUCCUAAAGAUGCUGUAUCUUCUGAUUUCAAGGGUGAUGGUUCGCCUAGCCAUAAUGAACAAAUUCAGUUUGUGAAUUCUAAUACCACUGAUGAUGUGUCCCUUGAUCUGAGAAGGGAACCUUUGUCUGGAGAUGACACGGAAAUUCAAUUUGUGAAUAUCAAAACUCCGAACGUUGAUUCAAAAACUGCUGUUGUAUCUUCCGGUUUUAGUAGUGAUGAUACUUCCAGACAUGAUGCAGGAAUUGAGCCUACGAAUUCCAGGACUCAGAAUGAUGAUUCAGAAGCUGUUUUAAGCAGGGUAUCAUCGUCUAGAGAUGAUGCAGAAAUUCAGUUUGCUAAUCCCAAAAGUCCGAUUGAAGAUAUUGAAGUAGGCCAUUCUAAACCUACUAGUUUAAGUGGCAGUUCUUCAUUCAGAGAUGAUGCAGAUAUUCAGCCUGUAAAAUCCGGGACAAAGAAUGAGGAUUCUAAAACUGCUCCCAUGUCCUCUCAUUUGAGCAGUGAGUCUUCAUUUGCAGAUGACACAAAAGUUCAAUCUAAAUUCCGCAUGCAAAAUGAGGAUAUUCAAUCUCAGGUUGUGUCUUCACAAUUAAGGAGUGAGUCUCCUCCUGGAGACGAUACAGAAACUUGGCCUAUCAAAUCCAGUUUGCAGAAUGAGGAUUUUAAAUCAGCUGACUCUUUUGAAGGUUCUGAAGUCAAUCUCUCUGACCACAGGGAUCCGAUUCCUCGUUACAUGGAAGACUUGGAUAACGAAAGUCUGAGUAACAAUCUAGACCCCGUUCAAGAUGAUGACAGUAUUAAAGAUAACCCCACUCACAAAGAUUAA